ACAAUACCCACUAUGAAUGAAUUCAAGAUUAAUUAAAAUAAGACGCGAACCGUACUCGCGGAAACCCGCCAAAAACUCGCAUAGACAUAUAAGUCCAUGCGAGUUUUUUAUUAAUAUUUAUAUUUUUAUAAUUAUAUUUUUUUAAUAAUAUAAAGACGUUUAUAUAAUAAGUUCAUACUCAGAACCCACUCAGUAUUCAGACUACAAACUGUCAAAUCUACUGUCAUAUUAUAUUCUAUAAUCACUAAACUUCUCGUAAUAAAAUUUCUCAAAAUUUUAGUGUUCAUUUAAUAUCUUUUAACUGCGUGUACUUAGGUAAUAAACUAAAAACAAAUACCGUAGCCAAUCAAAAAAAUAUUGAGCGUUACGGCAUACCUGAAGACGUGGAUAUCUGAAUUUGAAAUAACUUGAGCUUUGCUUAAGCCAAAAUUACUCUGCCAGCCUAACAACAUACCCCUUUACAUUUCUGCCCAAAAUGCCUUCAUUGAAGGUACCUCAUGCCCUGUCACUGACAAUUGAAGCCCAUAAUAAAUGGCUGGAGAUAUUGAAGAAUGCACAGGAACUGAUUGACACUGACAUUGAAAUGCAGGAAAAAUCAGCAGCAGGUGUUCGCUUAAAAGAAAGACAUUUACCCGCAGAAGUCCUGGGCAGGACUUAUGCCCAGUAUUGCGCUCUCGUCAACAAAAUGUAUGACGCUUUCCUAAACAACGUGCAGCUACAGAGGGAAACUUAUAUGAAGGAUAUUGUCAGCGUGUUUUUAAAGAGAAUCUAUGAACUGCGCAAUGAGAUCGUACACCUGAUCGUCAAUGAUUAUAUAUAUGUAGAUGAAGGCUUGACACAAUUGAAACUAACACCCGAAGACAUACAGAUCGUUGUCCCCUACCACUACCCUCUAGAAUGUCGAAGUGAGUCCAGCGAGUUAUUACUGCAGAAAAUGUGGCAUAAUGCUGAAAAAAGGAAAAAUGCGACAUUGAAACGGAAAACGUCAAAAACAGAAAAUAAAGUACCUGUUUCCAAAGAAUACAGCACGAACUUGCAAUCAUCUGGUGAUAUGUCGGAAUAUUCUUGCGAAGAUCAACAGGAAGACAAAAAUGAUCCUUCUAUUGAACUCACAGUUACACCGGAAGAAUAUAUUCAAGCAAAUAUUAUUCAACGACAUGAGAGAUUCAGGCAAUUCUUCAUGAUGGAUUUUAAAGCAAAAUGCAUUAAAAGAAGAACAUACUUUGCCUCUAAAACUAAGGAAGCUCCCUUGCCAUUAAAGAUUGCUGCUGCACAACUGAUUCAGAAAACUUAUAGAGCUUAUAUGAAGUCAAAAAGAGAACACAUUCUCGAUACCAAGAGAGAUAUGAUGCUAGGUCUUAUACCCAAUAGUUUUUCAAACACAUUGAAGUAUGACGAAGAAAAUAACAAGUUGUACGAAAGAAGGCGUAAAACACGAUCAAGACUGAACGAAAUAUUUCUAGAGGAAUUGGAAAAAGAGAGGAUCCGUUUGAUCAUGUUCAAGAAAGAGGAUCAAAUCGAUGACAUCACUGAUGAGAUCAGGGAAUGGUUUAAAGACUGGUAUUACGGCUAUGGGUUCUUCCCUGAAUUUCCUCACGAACUGGAAGGCGGUACUUUGAUGGUGGUCAGAGGAGAGUAUCCAUCGAUUGAAGAGAAAAUUGAGUCGGAUGAAAAAUAUCUAGCUGCUACUAAAGGAAAGACAAAGGAUCAGUUGAAAGAUGAUGCGGCUCGGGCGAAAGCCGAUGCUCUAAUGAAAGCGCAAGCAGAGAAACAGAAAGAGAGAAAAGAGGCGCAACAGCUUUUAAAACUACGAUGCGAUCCGUUCUCUGAUCCAGGAUACGAGGUCAAGCGUUCUGAAGUCAGGCAUAGUUUGAUCGAGGCCAUCCACAGGUACCGAAGUGUGUGGUCCAUUCACGACCGUUUCCCUCCUGACAAAUCUGGUGAAGUCGUAUAUGGAUUCAUAAAAACAUUUCUUACCGAAGACUUGAUGGAAGAAAUUCACGUGGAUUGCAGAAAAUAUGUGGAUGAGCUGAUGCGGUUAGAUUUAAAGCUGUUGAUAAAAAUGCAACAAACUAUGUACAAACGAAUCGGUUGGAAGUACCCUAAGAUUAAACCAAGGAAGAAACCUAAAAUGCCACAGAUACAGAAACCAUUAAACGUCGAUAAAUCAAUGUUAAAGGAGUUUGAGGACUAUCAAGUUUAUGUAGACUUCUUCUUAGACACAAAUCCGACCCUAAAGAAAGAGAGGGAGGAGUAUGCAAUCAUCAAUAACUACCGCGAAAUAAUGUACAAAAAGAUGGCCGAAAUCAAAAAGAAAAAGAAAGCUGAACGCUAA